UUUCCACAGAGAACUUUAUUCGAUACAACAGCUGACCGAGGCAAAUUAAUUCGAAUGGAAGUGGUUAAUAUACAGCAGAAUCAUCACCUGGGAGUACUUUAUCUCUAGUCUAGACUAUUUCUUUAAAUUAAUUUAGUUAGGUAAUCUAUUCGUGUUUAACUUUGUUAAAAUGCUGUAUUAUUUACAUUUCUUACGAAGUUAGGAUAGCGGUGAGCAAAGUUUGUGUUGGUAAACUGUUGGCAAGCUACAAAUAGCUUACUGACUAAAUGUACUAGCCACCGUAACUUCAUUAUUACAAACCGACUAACGCUGUCUGUAGCCUAUUCGAUUCGUAGGAGAGUUUACAAAAACCGUGGUAAAGUGGGGUAGGCUAUUUCAUACGUACGGGAUUUCAGUCGUGUGUAAAGGACUUGGUGGACCCAACCCUUCGUUUUGCACCUAAGCCCGUUAACUUCGAUAUUUAUUGACCGGCAUUCGAUUUGUUUUAAUCGCAAGGACGCACGAUACAAGUAAUUGAAGUUCACAUCGUACCUUCCUCAUAUAAAUCAUGAGAUAAUAUCCAAACGGAUUGUAGCUAGGUGUCGGUGUCAUUAGGCUACACUGUAGCUGAGGUUUUUCUUUCUGCGCUCAGGGUUACUUCCUGGUGUGACAGAGAGAGGCAGUGCUGAGUUAGAGAGACAGAAAUACAGAUAGAAAUUUAGAUAGAAAAAUACUGAGUGGAGAGAAGGAGUGAGUGAGGAGCAGUUGGCUGGUUUCCAGAAGCAGCCCCGCUCCACUCUUUUUGUGUAUUUAUAAAAAUUAUUUUAACGGUUUAUUUUUAUUUAUAAUACAUGUAUUUAUUUGGAUUAUCUGAAUCUCCGAGGUCCGGCUGCGAGAGAGGUUAAAUCGAAAUUGUAUAGGCAACAUUUUUUUUCGGAGCGACGGAGAAGCGUCGCGCGGAUUUUUCGCACCGAUCGUUCCUUUUUAAUAACAAUACGAUCACUGAUUUUUUAAGCUAUUAUUUCAGACCUUCAGUUUUAGAAAAGAGGUUAACGGAAGAUGGGUUGUUUAGGCAACAGCAAGACCGAAGACCAACGCAUCGACGAAAAAGCACAACGAGAGGCGAAUAAAAAAAUAGAGAAACAGUUGCAAAAGGAGAGACAAGCGUACAAAGCCACACAUCGACUGCUUUUACUGGGGGCCGGAGAGUCCGGAAAAAGCACUAUUGUGAAGCAGAUGAGGAUCCUGCACGUCAAUGGUUUUAAUGCAGAGGAAAAGAAACAAAAGGUCCUGGAUAUUCGGAAAAAUGUGAAGGAUGCCAUAGUGACUAUAGUUUCGGCGAUGAGCACUUUAAUACCGCCAGUUCCACUAGGCAACCCCGGAGACCAGUUCAGAGUCGACUACAUCAAGAGUAUAGCCCCUCUCUCUGACUUUGACUAUACGGAGGAGUUCUUCGAACACACAAAGAAGCUUUGGGACGAUGAAGGGGUGAAGGCGUGCUACGAGAGGGCCAACGAAUACCAGCUCAUCGACUGCGCGCAGUACUUUCUGGAAAGAAUCGACUCAGUAGGAAAUGUUGACUACACACCAACAGAUCAGGACUUGCUGCGAUGCCGAGUCUUGACUUCAGGGAUUUUCGAAACGCGAUUUCAAGUCGACAAAGUCAACUUUCACAUGUUUGAUGUGGGAGGUCAGCGAGACGAGAGAAGGAAGUGGAUUCAGUGCUUUAAUGACGUUACGGCCAUCAUAUUUGUGGCAGCGUGCAGCAGCUACAAUAUGGUCAUCAGGGAGGACAACAACACCAACAGGCUACGGGAGUCUCUGGACCUGUUCCGCAGCAUCUGGAAUAACAGGUGGUUACGGACCAUUUCGGUCAUCCUCUUCUUGAACAAGCAGGACAUGCUGGCUGAGAAGGUAUUAGCGGGGAAGUCCAAAAUCGAAGACUACUUUCCUGAGUACGCUCGCUACACCGUACCAGCUGAAGCAACCCCUGAUCCUGGAGAGGACCCAAAAGUCACCAGGGCCAAGUUUUUCAUCCGAGAUGAGUUUCUAAGGAUCAGCACGGCGAGCGGCGACGGCAGGCACUACUGUUACCCCCACUUCACCUGCGCGGUGGACACGGAGAACAUCCGCCGCGUCUUCAACGACUGCCGCGACAUCAUCCAGAGAAUGCACCUGCGCCAGUACGAACUCUUGUAACGGCGGGAGAGCACCCGCGCGCUUUAAACCUGAGCCCCUCUCCCGAAACCAACGUCCGCUGACGGGGACACAGUACUACUGAAGUGUGUCAAACCCCCUCCCUUUCUUUCAUUUUGUUGCGGCCUUUUUUUUUUUUUUUUCCCUUCUUCUCUUUUUUGUUUUUUUUAAUUGAAGCCAUUCUCGGUCCCCGUUCCGCUGAGAUAGAGUGGGGGUGGGGAAGCCAUUCGCUUCUGCCUCUGCCACGCCUUUGUUAUGUGUCAUUCCACUAAGCCUUUGGCUACCUCCGUUUUUUUCUUUUUGUCAUAGUUUCUUUCGUGACGUCCUGGGACUUGGGACGAGAAGCUUUUUUUUUUUCGCUUUUUUGUGUGUUCUUUUUUUGGGCCGGCAGUUGGGUGCGUUUGAGGAGCACCCGUGGGACUCCUCCCCUUUGAGAGGGAGCCUACCAGCUGGCACACCCAGUGACCUGCAGCGACCCUGUGUGGGCUUGGCAUCCUUAAUCGACACUGAAGAGUACUUGAUGGGGGCGGGGGGUGGGGGAGGGGAGGGGGGAGAGAGAAAAAAAAAGAUUGAAUGCACUUUGCAUCAGGUUAUUUAAAUACUGUUGCAGAAGUAUACACACCAUGUAGCACCACAAUAUUUAAUACUGUCACGGUUUUUAGCGCUCCGAGUUGCAGGUCGACUGUGAAGUUACCGACCUCCUCUUUCAAGCCGACUCGAGGCACAGAUAGGAAGUUGGGGGAGGGGGGGGACGGGGGGGGAGACAGGAGGUAACUGGGACUGAAUUGCUGUACCUCGGGCCUUAGAACAGUCGCUGCUUUCUGCCUAUUGUGUCUAGGAAAGAAAAACUACCACACUCACUUUGACCUGUCCACAGAUGAUCCUUUUAGCUUAGAUCUUCUUGGACAACAGUCCUAUAUAUAAAUAUAAAUAUAUAUAUAUAUUAUAUUUUUUUUUUGUUUUGUUUUAUCUUGUACAGACUGUGCAAGGUUGAUUUAUCUUGUACAGACUGUAAAAUGUAAUAUUAUUUUGUACAACUUUAUUGAAGAAAAAAAAAUCUACUUGUAGAA